AUGUCAUUGGUGGCGAACGAAGAGUUCCAGCACAUCCUGCGUGUGCUGAACACCAACGUCGAUGGAAAGCAGAAGAUAAUGUUUGCAAUGACCUCCAUCAAGGGUAUUGGAAGGCGAUUUUCUAACAUUUGCUGUAAGAAAGCUGAUAUUGACAUGAACAAGAGGGCCGGUGAGUUGAGUGCUGCAGAGUUGGAUAAUUUGAUGACAGUGGUUGCCAACCCUCGUCAAUUCAAGAUACCUGAUUGGUUCUUGAAUAGGAAGAAGGAUUACAAAGAUGGCAAAUUCUCUCAAGUUGUCUCCAAUGGACUCGACAUGAAGUUGAGGGACGAUUUGGAGAGACUCAAGAAAAUCAGAAACCACCGUGGUUUGAGGCAUUACUGGGGCCUUCGUGUUCGUGGUCAACAUACCAAGACUACUGGACGUAGGGGAAAGACUGUUGGUGUCUCAAAGAAGCGAUAA